AUGAUGAAAGGAGGUGCUCUGCCUAAAAAAGAAGGCAAAAUGCGUAUACGUGCUUUUCCGACCUCAGUUGAUGAGAAGUACGUGGAAAACAUUUGGGCAUUAUUGAAAAAUGCUAUACAAGAAAUUCAGAAGAAAAACAAUUCGGGACUGAGUUUUGAAGAGCUCUACCGAAAUGCGUACACAAUGGUACUUCACAAGUACGGUGAGCGCCUCUAUACAGGACUGAAGGAGGUCGUCACACAGCACCUGGAGAAUAAAGUCCGUGAGGAUGUUCUCCAUUCACUUCAUAAUAAUUUUCUGCAGACGCUAAAUCAGGCAUGGAACGACCACACCACGUCUAUGACAAUGAUCCGAGACAUCUUGAUGUACAUGGACCGUGUUUAUGUUCAACAAAAUGAUGUUGACAACGUUUAUAAUCUUGGUCUUAUCAUAUUUCGUGAUCAAGUUGUCCGAUAUGGAUGUGUUAGAGAUCACUUAAGAGAGACCCUUCUUGGAAUGGUUGCUCGUGAACGAAGAGGCGAAGUUGUUGAUCGCAUGGCUAUAAAGAAUGCAUGUCAAAUGUUGAUGCGUUUAGGUAUUAAUAAUCGUUUGGUGUAUGAAGAAGACUUCGAGAGGCCUUUCCUACAACAGAGCGCUGAGUUUUAUAGAAUGGAAUCACAAAAAUUUUUGGCUGAAAAUAGCGCUUCGGUGUACAUAAAAAAAGUAGAGGCAAGAAUUGCCGAAGAGUCUGAACGAGCAAAACAUUACUUGGAUGAAUCGACAGAGUCACGGAUAGUUGAAGUUGUAGAAGAUGAGCUCAUAAAAGUUCAUAUGAAGACUAUUGUAGAGAUGGAGAAUAGUGGAGUGGUUCACAUGCUCAAAAACCAGAAAACAGAUGAUCUGGGAUGCAUGUACAAAUUAUUUUCCCGGGUAUCGGAUGGUCUUCGUACAGUCUGUGAAUGUGUAUCACAAUUUCUUCGUGAACAAGGUCGGUCUAUGGUUGCCGAAGAACAAGAAUCGUCAACGAAUGCAGUCAAUUUUGUCCAAAAUUUGUUGGACCUAAAAGAACGUUUUGAUCAUUUCCUUCAUUAUUCUUUUAACAACGACAAACUUUUCAAACAAAUGAUGGUGUCAGACUUUGAACACUUUCUUAAUUUGAAUACCAAGAGUCCUGAGUAUCUGUCGUUAUUUAUUGAUGAUAAAUUAAAAAAAGGUGUCAAAGGAAUGACUGAACAAGAAAUCGAAGGAAUUUUGGAUAAAACAAUGGUAUUAUUCAGAUUUUUGCAAGAGAAAGAUGUUUUUGAACGGUACUACAAGCAGCACUUGGCAAAGCGUUUAUUGUUAAAUAAAUCAGUAUCUGACGACAGUGAAAAGAACAUGAUAUCAAAAUUGAAGACUGAAUGCGGUUGUCAAUUUACGUCAAAGCUCGAGGGUAUGUUUAAGGAUAUAACGGUCAGCAAUACGAUAAUGGACGAAUUCAAAGAGAGUGCGUCAACUGCAGCAAGUCUCCGAGGUGUUGAUUUGAGUGUUCGUGUACUCACGACUGGUUUCUGGCCAACACAAUCAGCAACACCUAAAUGCAGCAUGCCUCCAGCAGCUCGAGAUGCAUUUGAUACGUUCCGUCGUUUCUAUCUUGCCAAACACAGCGGUCGACAAUUGACUCUGCAGCCACAACUUGGCUCUGCUGAUCUCAAUGCCGUCUUUCAUGGACUGAAAAAAGAAGAAAAUGGGCUAGAAGCAGCCCCAUCAUCUACAAGCUCAAUAAGUAAUGGAAACGGCAGUUCGACCAGUGGAAGUGUCGUUAGUCAACGUAAUAGUUGUACUGGGAAUCCCAGAAAACAUAUUAUUCAAGUUUCCACCUACCAAAUGUGUGUUCUUAUGUUAUUUAACAAUAGAGACCGAUUAACAUACGAGGAAAUUCAAAAUGAGACAGACAUUCCUGAAAGAGAUUUAGUCAGAGCUUUGCAAUCACUGGCUAUGGGAAAAGCAGCACAAAGGGUUUUGCUCAAACAACCGCGAUCCAAAGAGAUCGAGCCUUCACAUUUAUUCACUGUCAAUGAUAGUUUCACAAGUAAAUUACACAGAGUUAAAAUUCAAACAGUAGCGGCUAAAGGUGAAUCAGAGCCUGAAAGAAAGGAGACACGGAAUAAAGUUGACGAAGAUCGUAAACAUGAAAUUGAAGCUGCUAUUGUUCGAAUAAUGAAAGCACGUAAACGAAUGGCACACAAUAUUCUUGUAACAGAAGUGACGCAACAAUUACGAGUGCGAUUUUUACCAUCCCCCAUGAUAAUUAAAAAGCGUAUCGAAGGUCUGAUAGAACGUGAAUAUUUAGCUCGAACACCCGAAGACAGAAAAGUUUAUACUUACGUCGCUUAA